CGUUGGUGUUUGUGUAUGCGUGUCUUCUUUGUGGCAUCACACGUCAACUACAUUGAACGCCACCAGUUCAGAAGCAGUCUGCCGCGCAGUUUUGACGGUUCCGACGCCAUGAGACUAUUGUGGGCAUUGUUGACUUUGAUUGCACGGUGUGGCUUUGCCUACGAAGUCGGCACCGACGGCGAAAACUGUGGCCAGACGCCCAUACAGCCUCUGCUGGACGAAGAUGAUCGCAUCUUUGGUGGAAGCGAGGCCGUGCCAGGAAGUUGGCCUUGGCACGCUGGUAUUUUUACAAAUGAAGUCUUCUCCAAGCACAUAUGUUCUGGUGCACUCAUCUCGGACAGACACGUUGUCACUGCUGCUCACUGUCUCAUAAAAAAGGCAUCUAAGAUGUUACUAGUCCAUCUCGGCAUCCACGACCGCAGUAACAUAGAAGCUGGUACAAAGUCUCUAGCAGUGGCCGAAAUAUGCUUUCACAAAGGAUAUAAGGCACCUCACAUGAACGACAUUGCCAUCCUCACACUGAAAGAAGCCGUCAACUUCACUAAAUCAAUCGGUCCAGUCUGCUUGCCGAAGUCAAAGCACGAGCUUCCUGAAAACACAGACACUUACGUGACUGGUUGGGGACGGUACAAAGCUGACAGCGAGGAAUUAGCACCUAAGCUAAAGCAGCUUCGCACAAAAACGAUGUCGCACAAGACAUGCCUCGAGGACUACGAUUCAGGCCUCCCCGAUAGCGUCCUGUGUACUGGUCACGACUUUGGUUCUUCCUGCAAGGGCGACAGCGGAGGCCCCCUGGUGUGGAAUUCAGGAACUGCAUGGUUUUUGGAAGGAGUUGUUUCCGGUGGCCCGGUGAAGUGCGCCAAUCCAGAUGACCCACUGCUGUUUACAAAACUGUCGCACCAGGUCGACACUUUUAUCUUGCCCUACAUUGAAGCCAAGAACGACGCACAGAAAUACAGAGUUUGCAAGAUUCUCUAGCACUUCAUGCCACAUUCACAAUAAAUAUUCCAAGAUCAUCACUUCCACAA